AUGAAUUACAGUGACUUGGAUCUGAAUCGAGUGGAAUCAGAUAAACUGAAACGAGAGACAAAGAGCUCAUCCUUCUUCCCUGCAACACACUCAGAGCGCCAGCUGAGCUUUAGUACGUUCCUUAUGGACGAUGUAGGAUCACCCGUUCAGCUACAAAAGGUUAGUAAGCGGUCUCCACCACCACCUCUACCAUCUCUAAGAGCUCAGGAAGCAGCAAGGACUGAUUACAUGCCACCACGACGCCAAAACUCGCCAUUUACCGUCGCAUCGAGACUACGAGGAGGCUCUGACGGAGACAUUCCCGUGCUAGAGGCUGUACGAGACAGCACCUGCUUUAUUCUGGAUGGAUCCGAUCAGAUAGGAGUGGAAACGAGAAGCGAGGAAGAGGUAGACGCUAGAGUCGUAGUAGGUGAGUACGAUACUGAAGAGGACGACUUUGUGCCGGUAUUACAAACGGCAGAGGACGCGCUACGUGUCCAUCGACAUAUGGGUAGUAAAAAAUUCUCGUGGAGAGUUUCGGCCAGAAGAGGUGUACCCAUUGGCAAAACAGUCCGAGUGCCCGACCAAGAGACGCUUUUGAGGAUGUCGGCAAAGAGUGCAGACCUAUUAUCGAGUUACUCGAGCAGUAGUACCCUGAGAUCGAGCAAGAGCUUUGCUUCGUCCAUCCCGAUUGACCGUGAACUGGUACGCAGUGGAUGGCUUUACAAGCAGGCGAAUGUCAUGAAAACGUGGAAACGACGGUAUUUUGUGCUGAUUAAACGAACAAACACUGCGACGGGCGAGUACUGGGCGUCACUGCAGUACUACAAAGGAAACAACUUUGGCAAAUUACGCGGAGAGAUGCACUUACAGGAUGGCAUGCUGUCGGUGCGCUUUUUGGAACCGGACGAGACCAAGAGACCAUUUUGUUUUGAAAUAGCUGGCGAGGACUUUUCGUUUGUAUGUUCUGGAUCGAACGACGACGACGCAAGUGCGUGGGUGUGUCUGCUGCAGAGUUUGUCAGGAGGAGGUAACAGUACAAUUCCACCGUCGGCCGGUCUUAUGGGCACGGCAGCAACCAACAGCCUAUUACAGUCGGGAGAUGCGUCAAGGGGAAAUCGGGGUUGUAUUAGCACCAUUGAUGUUCGAAGCAUACGCAUUGUGGCAGAAUUACGGAAAGUCCUCCACACAAGCAAGUCCCCUGAAGCUGCCAAGUAUAAGAGCUUUAUUAGCUCAUACGAGUGUCGAAGUACGGAAGCGCUUCGCGAAUUUCGAGGGUUUCAUGCAGCACUGACAGAAUCCAUCGUGACGGACCACGGCACUCGUAUCUUGGCAGCUCUCAAGGAUCUAGGUAACGAUGGUACGAAUGCUGUUAAAAAUGAGGACAAGAAGCAAGGCUUGCAGUCGAUAUCGCUCGACGUAGUGCGUUUGGCUGUUUCUCGUCAUGUGGAAGAAGUGCUUUUCGUACCGCUACAGGAUAAAAUUAAUUCGUGUCUACGUCGUGUGUACCAUGAGGAAGAAUCUUCGAUUAACCGCAAAGUAAGAUGGUUACAAGGAAAAGAUCAGAUGUACUUCAACAUUCCGCUGCACCAGAUCUCCUGGAAGGAAUGGAGGAAAGCAUCAAGAAUUCUUGCUCAAAUUGCUCAUGUACCUCUUCCUGCUACAAAAUACGACGUGCUUACGAGCACAAUCAAAGAGAUCCAGGCGACUUAUGCUGAAGAGCAUUUUAUGACCGGUGAAAUGGAGCCACUUGAGACCGAUGAUAUCAUACCAAUUUUUACCUACGUGUUGUCGAAUAGCGGGCUGGAGAAUCUCAUCUCGCUUAAAACCUUGUUAGCUGAACUAAACGGGUCUUGGGCCGUCGGCGGAUCCCCUGAGGACGAAAUAUCACUGAACAUUUUGACAAACGCUGUAGACUUCAUCAGUAACGUCAGCAUCCCCGCCGUAUUGGAAGACAUUUUCAAGGAUCAAAUUACGCUCUCAAUUGACGGUGACUGGCGGCGUGUACUGGAGUUUGAAGUAGAGCCAACAUACCGUUACGGUGCAAUUGUUGAGCAUAUUUCACCUCAUGGCUACUCAGCUGUUGGAACCAUUAUUACCCGAGGUUACGUAUUGGUGACAGUAAAUGGACAAAAUGUGGUACUGUGGCCAUUUCAAGAUAUAAUGUCCUUGCUUCUGGAGUCGUCGUCUCCUCAUCGAUUAGCAUUCAUCCCUGGAAGCAGUUAUUUCAAAAUUUUGACAUCUAACAAGGCGCUAUGGAACGUGGCGUUGAUGCAUGCAUGCCAGCGCGGUGAUGUGUAUAGUGUGCAAAUGCUGCUGUCAAACGGUGCUGACGUGAAUUACAUUGCUCAUGAGUGCGGAAGUAACACGCCACUGCACGUUGCAGUAAGUGCUUUACACUUCAACGUUGUUUCAUACAUGCUUCAACAUGGCGCAAAGGUAAAAACCAUUGGGAAAUGUGGCCGCAGUGCAUUGCAUAUGGUUGGGUCACCUUGCAUGAUGCCUGCAGCAAUGAGUACGUCUCGUGACAUGACGACAACAGGAAUAUCAGCUACCUUGAGCGACUCAGAUAAGGCUGUUUUGAUAAUCAAGAAGCUGAUCGCCCAUGGUGCACUUGUCGAUACUGUUGACAUCUAUGGCAACACUCCGAUCAUGUUGCUGGCAGAAAAAGGCUUUCUUGGCGGAAUCGAUGUGAUAAUGGAAGCAGAUAGCAAUAUUGACCUGAAUGUGCGCAACUGGCAGUGUGGUAUGAGCGCUCUCGCUUUUGCAGCAAAGAGCGGCCACGCAAAUGUGGUGGAGGGGUUGCUAGAUUACGGCGCUCAAGCCGACAUUCGCACGCUACAUGGUGAGACCCCACUGCAUUUUGCGGCAGCAAGCGCGAGUCAGCGUGUGUGUCAGUUGCUUAUAGAAAAGGGCUGUGAUGUGGAUAUUCGUACAAGUGAAGGGUUGACUCCACUGAUGGUUGCAGUAGCGAAAGAUCACGGGAUGGCCAAGGACAAAACCGCUGCUUUGUCUGUUCCAUCUCUAACAGGCUAUUAUCGUCACUGCCAUGAAAAUGACAAUCACCUUCAGAAGACAGCGAUUGAUCCGCGAAGCAGCAUUAAUAUGGACAUCUCCUCAGUCAUUCUUACACUGAAUUAUCUCGUGCAGAGUGGUGCUGAACUGUCUGCAGUUUGUGAAUUGUAUCGUACGCCUUUGCAUUAUGCAGCUUUAUUCGGGUGUGACGAGUUAUUUGCAUGCCUUGUGGCAAAAAUGGGAGACGAGGCGAAUUUAGAAAGGCGCGACUUGUAUGGACAGUCAGCAGUAUUUAUGGUGGAAGCUACUCGCUCCUCGCACGCGCUCGCAAGUGAAGACGCAUCUACUGGCAAUUGUUCAGCUGAGGUGGGCGAGAACGCUGAUGACUCUGAUGAUGACGACGACGAUAUUGACGACCUGGAACAGGCUGACAUUCCCAUGUCACUAAAAGGACGUAAAGAUUUUUCAGGAAAGAGCUUGAGUAUUAAGGAUCUUGUAACAGAAGAAAUUGGUGGAGAAGAGGAAAUCAUUGCAGGGACUUUUGAAGCUAUUGCCGGCUUUUUGUUGCAAUAUGAGAAUUAUCGUCCGGAGGAGUUAAGUGCGCUCAUUUGGUCGUGCGGGUAUGCAUUCAAUGGAGGUGGGGACAACUUUCGUGAAACGGUCGAUAUAUUGCGAAACUUGUGGAAACAGUACUCGAUUAAAACGGAAGCUGGGAUUUACGUACGACGUAUGUUGCUGAGCGCAUUGAAUAAGUUGGUAGAGAUUUUAAAGCACAGCGUGGAAUGUGAUACAACUGUGUGCAAUUACGUUGCUGAGUUGUACAUGGAAUUAGUCCCUUUACAGGGCGAGCUGGCCAAGGAGGACCCACAAUGUGCACAAUGGCUAAGUGUGUCGCUGUUACCUGAAUUUUCAGAUGCGUGUCAGUCAAACCGUGUGCAGGAAUUCCAGGUGCUGUCUUUUUGCGAGGGCGAUUACACGUCGCUGAAACAGUUUAUCUGCACAGCGAAGCAAGCCAACCCAAACCUUGAGUUUUUGGAUGACGAUUUAUUUGGCGUUGCAACGGGUAUGGAGAUUAUCACAGAAACGAUGCGGCGCCGGAUGUCUCUCGCUGGUGUGUGGAGAAGGGGGGAAGUAAAGAAAUCGUUUGUGGUUAAGCCAGAGGAGGUCCUUGAUUCUGUAUCGGAAGGACGGUCAACUACAAUUACACCUUGGCAGCCGAAAGGUGUAAAUGUGGGCCGUUCAUUUACUCUAGAGCAGCGUAUGACGAGAUUAUGGAUUUUGGAUUUGGAUCCUAGCAUUAUCGCACAACAGAUCACUCUGAUGCAGCACUAUCUUUUCAGCAAAAUAAAAGUGUCUGAGGUAUUGGCGUCUAAGCGCAAUGCGGAAAAAACACCAGGGUAUCAGCGACUACGACUGCUGCACAAUCACAUUUCCACUUGGGUGGUUAGCCAGAUUUUGAUGCGAAGCGAUGUGGAUCAACUUGCAGAAAUCCUCGCUUAUUUCAUUCGUGUCGCUGGCGUUUUGCUUUCACCCCUACAAAAUCUCGACGGAUUUAUGGCUGUCAUGAACGCAGCAAACGAUUCUUCAGUUUUUCGUCUCAAAAAGACAUGGGGCCGGCUACCACCAGAAGCACGCGACUUGUGGCAACAGCUGGUGCCGCUCACAGAAAAGGGUGCUCGACCAUUAAACAAGUUCACAAAGGAAGCAACUCCCCCGCUGAUCCCGUAUAUGGGUGUUGUAAUUCAGAACGUGAUUGCACUACAAGAGUACCCCGAUCGUGUGGAGGGAGACUUGAUCAAUUUCAAGAAAAUACGCUCCAUUAGCUUUCUCGUUCAAAGAGUGCUUUCUUUCCAGAAGACACCAUACUUGCUACCGACGAACAAGCGUGUUUUGGAGCACAUAUGCUCACCAGUUCCUUUCGUUGAUGGCGACUCCUGUUUUGCGCGCUCACUGGAGAUUGAGCCCCGCGUCACCGAUGCUGCGCCCGGCACUAUGUGA